AAGAAUCUAAUCGAUCUAUUGAGUAUCAUCACAAUUUGAAUGAGCAACUUGAUGAGGAUUUAUCAGCUAAGGAUAAUACUGAUGUUUCAGAAGAUUCUAUGCCUAAUUUCCCAUCCUAUAAUGAAAAUAUAGGAGCUAAUAAUGAUCAGCUAGAAGAGGAAAAACUGCGUGAAUGUUGA